AUGAGCACCCAGACUCAGACGGAGACAAUAGUGCUCCAGCCUCGGAAUGCCAAUACUCAAUUACAAGAACCAGAGUCCAGUGUUUCACAAGAGUCUGAGCCCAAUCAACAACCGCAGACAAAAUGGCUUUACCCAAAGAUUUUCAGCGCCGGGGUCUCUUUCUUCGUUGCGGGUGUCAAUGACGGAAGUCUUGGAUCCCUGAUUCCCUACAUCAUCCGCUCCUACGACAUUGGGACAAAUAUGGUCGCAGUACUAUACGGCGUCACAUUCUUCGGAUGGUUCUUCGCAGCUCUCUCAAACAGCUUUAUUGUCCGAUACUUAGACUUGGGCGCCCUUUUAUCGCUCGGGGCGGCACUCCAAAUCCUAGCCCACGUCUUACGCACCUGGCUCCCACCAUUCCCACUCUACGCGGUAACAUUUCUGCUCGCAAGUCUCGGCCAGGCCCUCAAUGACACGCACGCCAACACAUUCGUCUCCUCCCAGCAUGGUGCGCACCGUUGGCUUGGCUUCAUCCAUGCGAUGUAUAUGGCCGGGUGCCUGGUAGGUCCGUUCGUAGCUACGGCGGUAGCUUCGGCGAAUACCGAUUCAAAGUGGAAUCUCUUUUACGUAUUCCCUUUGGGGUUGGGUGUCAUCAAUCUUACAUUUGUUGCGCUUUCGUUUCACGAUCGCAUGACUUUUUUGCAAAAGAAGGGUCGAGAGGGAGAGCGCUCUGCGCAAAGUCAGUCCGCGUUGGCUGGAAAGAAUGCUCUUCAGGAGAUCAAGACCACUUUGAGCACGCCGGGGGUCUGGUUGUUGAGUCUGUUCUUCUUUUUCUUUCUUGGUGCAUCGAUUACUGCCGGAGGAUGGAUGGUCGAAUACCUCGUCAAAGUCCGCCACGGAGACGUGAAGAAUAUGGGAUAUGUGCCUGCGGGAUUCUAUGGAGGCGGGUUCCUCGGCCGACUAUUUCUUGCAGAGCCAACGCAUCGCCUAGGAGAACGACGCAUGAUCUUCAUUUACGCGGUGCUCUGUGUCGCACUGCAACUUGUGUUCUGGCUAGUCCCAAACAUCAUCACCGAAGCAGUGGCAGUCAGCUUAUUGGGCCUCUUCUCGGGGCCAUUUUUUCCUACAGGCAUAUCGGUUGGAUCGAAAAUAUUUGACCCAGAAAUCGUGUCAUCGGGCAUUGCAUUUGUCUUCGUGUUAGGCCAAAUUGGGGGCUCUAUAUUCCCUGCUAUCACCGGUGUUAUCGCGGCACAAGUCGGUGUCAAAGUGCUGCAGCCGAUGUUAGUCGGCCUACUUUGCGCUGCAGGUGUGAGCUGGCUGUUUCUUCCCAAAGAUGCUGCUCUUCACCGUGAUUGA